UCUGCUGUGGUGUGCUCCUCCUUCUCCCCCUGAUCUGAUUUACAAUCCUCCAUCUCGCGUAGUGAGAGAUUUAUUUGCAAAAUUUCUUCCCAUGCAGGCACGCAGAUAAGGCGGGCGUCUUUGGAUUAAGUGUGGGCUUUGUGAUAAAAAGUCUGGGAUGAUGAGCCUGUGGAUUCAUUGGGAGGCCAGUGACUGCCGUGGCUUCACAUUAGAACAGUGUGGCGAUGGCGUUGUACUUUAGUGUGUACGAUUAUGUGGUUUUUGGCUCAAUGCUGGCCAUUUCGGCCAUCAUUGGGAUCUACUUUGGCUUCUGCCGGCGCCAGAAGCAGAACACAACGGCGGAAUAUCUCUUGGGCAGCAAAACCAUGGGUGUCAUCCCCGUGGCGAUCUCCCUCACAGCCACUCACAUCUCCGCCGUUACCAUGCUUGGCGUCCCAGCGGAGAUGUACCUCCAUGGGACGCAGUACUGGGCUUGUGCCAUCUCCGGACUCGUCGUCACCUUCGCCAUGUCCCACCUCUACCUGCCCGUCUUCAUGGAGCUCCAGAUCACAUCGUGCUACGGCUACCUCGAGAAACGCUUCGGGGUGAGCCUGAGGAAUCUCGCGAGUGGUCUCUACACUCUCUGCACCAUUCUCGGCGUUCCCAUUCUCAUCUACGCCCCUGGAAUUGCCUUCAGUCAGGUAACUGGGAUUAAUUUGCACAUCAUCACACCCAUUAUGUGCAUCAUUUGCAUCUUCUACACAACAAUUGGUGGCAUCAGGGCAGUCGUCUGGACAGACACGAUCCAAUUUCUCCUUAUGGUCUGUGCUCUUGUUGUGGUCAUCAUCAUGGGAACAAGUCAUCUUGGAGGAUUCUCCGAAGUCUUCCGGAUUGCUGAUCGUGGGCAGAGACUCAUCUUCUUUGAUAUGAAUUUGGAUCCUUUUCAACGAUCUUCCUUCCUCAUGGUCAGCGUGGGGCUGACAACAAUGUGGAUUUCAAAUAUUGGAGUCUCUCCUGAGUGUGUUCAGCGCUUCCUGGCAAUUCCCACACUUUCAGACUCGAGGAAGGUUGUCUGGAUCUUUGGCAUUGGCCACAUAAUUAUCAAACUCUGCUCUGUCUACAAUGGACUCAUUGUUUACGGAAAGUACGAGGAUUGUGAUCCAGUCAGUGAUGGUGUAGUGAAGAAAGCUGAUCAGAUUUUUGCAUACUACGUCCUGGAUGUGGCAUCCUCCAUUCCCGGACUUUCAGGACUCUUUGUGGCGGGAAUUUUCUCAGCGGCACUGUCUUCCAUGUCCAGCUGCAUGAAUACCCUUGCGGGAACUUUCUAUAUGGAUUUCAUCAAGCACAAAUACCCUUCACUUUCGGAUGAGGCUGGCAGCAGAAUUAUGAAGAUGCUUGUGGUUGGUAUUGGGACCACAUGUUUGGGGCUGGUGUUUGUGGUUGAGAAGUUGGGAAACAUCUUCAGUCUCGGCAUCUCCAUUGGAGGCGUCACAGCGGGCACCCUGCUGGGAAUCUUUACACUGGGAAUGGUGUGCCCCCGGGCGAAUACAACUGGUGCCCGUUGGGGUGCCUACGCCUCAUUGACCAUUGUGAGUGCCAUCGUUAUGGGGGCACAACUCAACAUUGCCGAUGGGAAUCUCAAAUAUCCAAGUCUUCCGCUCAAUGUUCACGGAUGCAACGGUACUACCUUCAAUACCACCUCCAUCAUCCUCAAUGAGCACCACGACAACUCCUCUGUGCCGUGGAUCUUCCGCAUUGGCUUCAUGUACUACUCUGUCAUUGGGGCGCUUCUUGUCUUUGUCGUUGGGUACCCCGUGAGCCUCCUCACGGGUGGACACGAUGACAUUGAUGAGCGUCUCCUGGCCCCGUUUCUCAGGAGCUGGUACAGGAAUCAGAGGAAGGCAAAGAAUCUCCCGAAGGUGGUACGAAGUGAUCAGGAGAUGCGUGUCUUCCUGGGAGCGUCAAAGGAUCACCCAUCGGAAGCAUCGUAGCCAAAUCUUUGUUAUCUCGUUGCGCUCUUGCGUGGUAAAUAAAUUCUGUUGCCGUAA